ACUAACUUUUGCGUGAUAUUUCUAUGAGAUAUCAAAAUUGUAUCAAACAUGAAAAGAAGAUGUUUACAUUUAUAUAACUUUACGUGUCAAAAUAAGAUUAUAUUUUUGCGGAGUCGACAUUAAAAUGUGGCUUGUUUUAGCAACUGCAGCGGUAAUAUCAUUGAUCCUCUUAGUAUAUUUUUACAUCAACCCACAUCUGUGUACAUCAAGUGAAAAGGAAUGAUUUAAUAUGUUGGUGAAAACUUUGUGUUUGAAGAGGCGUUAUAUAAGAACACCAAGUACUAUGGUGAAUAGGGCAGCAUUGUUAUGUGGAUUAAUUCUUGUACUACUUAUAUUGAUAUGUUAUUUGUUAACCAGUGUUGAUUUAGGCAAAUUACAGAAAAAUUUGAAAAACUGGACAAAAUCAAAAAUAUCAAAACUUCCCGUCCUAGAGUCGGGAAAAGAUGGCGUUAUAGAUAAGGCUGUGGUGCUACUUUCUGAUAGCAAAACAAAUGUAAGCCCACCGAAUCAAAGGAAGCGUACAAACCACACAUCGUCAUCUAGUCGUAAACAAAUGAAAGAACACCAUCAACCGAAAUAUUACAACUCAACUAUCGAAAGAUUAGACAACAUUCGUGUAUUUGAUUGGUCAUUACCAGUAUGGAGUAAUUCUUCGUGCAUUCCGCUUAAAAAUCUUCACAAAACAACCUACAUUUGCUUAUUUGAUCCGAAGGACGAUAUUAAUUUCUCACGAUCACUUAUUGAAACUGGUGUAUGGGAUAAACAGUUACUACGAGAAUUCAAACUAUUACUAGCACAACAACAGGACCUUAACCUCAUAGAUAUUGGCUCACAUUUAGGAUUAUAUAGUCUUACAGCAGCAAUGCUUGGACACAAUGUUGUAUCUGUGGAACCUUUUGAUAAAUUGUUUCCAGCCUUUUACAAGUCCGUAGUAAUGAACAAAUUUGAGAAACGCAUAACAUUGCUUGCGAACGCAAUCUCCAGUAAAAAGGAAUUUGUAAAAGUGUCAUACGAUGAUAAGGACAUGUCAUCGGCAACUGUGCAGUCUGUUAAUGAAGAAGAAAUAACAAUUGAAAACAUUGCUUCACAAAAAGUUAUACCGUCCAUUACGUGGAAAGAUCUAGCUCACUUCGUUCCUUUUAAUAAGAUUGUUUUAAAGUAUGAUAUAUCAUUCCGAAACCAUAAUAUCAAUCUAUUAACUGAAGCUAGUGAUUUGUUUUCCACAUUAGAUGUUCAAUACGUGUUCAUGCACUGGGAUAAUUUCAUUCUUGAUGCAGGUAAUAUUGUGGCGUUUUUCAAAUCGCGGUCAUACAUUCCCAAAAAAAGAGUUUUUGGAAAACCAUUGAAGUUAAGCAAAUUUUUAAAAUGGAAAGGUGGUAUUAUUUGGGAAAAAGAUAGUCGAGCGUAGACUUUGUUAGUAUUAAAUGAUUUGUACAU